GCAGUCGGGGUGUCGGGCGUUUAGCCGCCGCUGGGCCGCAGUCGGGCACGCCGAAUCGGGAUUUGCGAACUAGCUAAAGCUAGCUGCCCGCUAGCCACAGCUACCCGAAUGCUGCCGCCAGCGAGCGGGUGCAAACGAGAACACAAGCGGCUGGAGUCUUGGGCCCUGGCGUUGCGCCAUCUGUUGCUGUAUCGGAGGAAGAUCCUGGGAGAGACGAGCGAGGGGCCACGGGAGACGUUCUGAGACGCGAUGUUUUUUCGGGGCGGGGGGGUUGUUUUUUUUUGUUUUUUUUUUCCCCUCUCUCUCUCUCUCUCUUCAGCCUAGCCGACGCGAAGGCGGCCGUUGCUGCGAUGCGUGGACAAAAUAACGCGAGGCGGAGGAACCACAACGGCCAUCUCCGGUUGAGGGGGGCGAGGUAGACCGGACGACGAACCGGCCACCCCCUGUUCAACCUUGUUACCCUUCGGCGGCGGGUCUGAUUUGGAACUCGGCGGCCCGCUCGCCGCGUCGAUUCCCCGCUGACACAAAAAGAGAGAAGAAGAAGGAGGAGAAGAAGAAGAAGAAGAAGGAGAAGAAGAAGAAAGGGAAAACGAAGAAGCCGGCGUUAUGGAUAAACUCACAAUAAUAUCGGGAUGCCUGUUUCUGGCAGCGGAUAUCUUCGCCAUAGCUAGUAUUGCCAACCCGGAUUGGAUCAACACUGGUGAAUCGGCAGGAGCCCUAACAGUUGGUUUAGUCCGGCAGUGCCAAACCAUCCACGGGCGAGACCGGACCUGUAUCCCCCCACGGCUGCCCCCAGAAUGGGUCACUACACUUUUCUUCAUCAUCAUGGGCAUUAUCUCCCUCACCGUAACCUGUGGACUGCUAGUGGCAUCGCACUGGCGCCGUGAAGCCACCAAAUAUGCCCGCUGGAUCGCCUUCACUGGCAUGAUCCUGUUCUGCAUGGCAGCGCUCAUCUUCCCAAUUGGCUUCUAUAUCAACGAAGUGGGGGGCCAACCAUACAAGCUGCCAAACAAUACGGUGGUGGGCUCCUCCUACGUUCUCUUUGUCCUCUCCAUCUUCUUUACCAUAGUGGGACUGCUGUUUGCAGGGAAGGUUUGUCUCCCGGGCUGAGGACUCUCUACAAAGCCUUCCUGUAGACUGACACGGGAGGUUUUGAAGAAUUUGCGGAAUUUGAAAGAACACAUGCAACGACAAAAAAAAACACACAAAAAAAAAACCAUCCCCAGAAACUCUCGCAGACCCAGGGGAAACCUCUGAUCAUCUGUCCGUCUGCAGCAAGGGACCGCGCCAUGGAGUUCCUAACAAUUAAAAAGACGAGAACUGAAUAAACAAAUUAAAACAAACAGGGAUGUGGACACGACAUGGCCUAGGCCAUCGCAGCACCCUGCCACUGUUUAUUUAAAACAUGAUCGUCUUCUGUUGUUGGUGUUGCACUUUUGGAG